AUGUCUAAUCCUAACAAACAACAAUCCUAUGAAAUAUACCCUGCCCUAAUAACAUAUUUGAAAGGGCGUGAGUCCAAUUUUUGGUCGUACAUGGAGUUUUUGACUCUAAACCGCACUAUCAUCAUCGACUUGCCACCAUUUACAAACAAUUGGACAGAACUAAAUGACACGUGGUUUAAACGAUUUGUGCAAGCAUCGGAAGAGCUGGGUCCGGUAUCAAUAGCUGUCGUGGAAGAGAAGGUGUUACCUGAAUCCGGAUUGUGGGAAGUUUUCCUAGUUCUCACUAUUUGCGAUAUGAUCUAUUUUGUUUUGGAUGUUCGUCUGUACUGGGAGAAUGUUAUAGAUGAGCGCAACAAGGCAAAGAAAAAUGUGGAUGAAGAGAUUCAGGACGAAUUCAAACCACCGUCGAAAAGGCUCAAGAAGGAUGAACCAGAAAAGAUACCGGAGCCGACAGAAGUAUGGUUAACAUUUUUAUUCUUAGCGUAUUUUAAAACCUUGUAUUUUGAAAGUUGUGUAAGAACAAAGUGGCUACUGUCAUCACUUACCGAGGCUGACCUAAUGGAACUCGAAGAAGUGUCUGAUGAAUCAUCUUUAAAACCUCUCAAAAUAUUUUCAACAGGAUCGUUUAUUGAUCUGAGAAAAGGUGGAGGUUAUUAUUUAGACAAGACUCUCUUCAUCUCUAAAAUAGAGGAUCUUAAUGUUUGUGCCAUCCUUUCUCUACGUCCUCGUCGCUUUGGAAAAACAUUAUUCCUCUCCACUUUAUCGUCUUAUUACGACAUAAAGAACAGAGAAAAAUUCAAUCAAAUCUUUGGUGAUUUAUACAUCGGAAAAAAACCAACAUCAUUAGCAACAUCAUUUCUCAUCCUCGAAAUCGAUUUUUCUGGACUUCGCACUAACGAAACAUAUGACAUCUUUAAUGCGAACUUUCACGCAACUUUGAAUAUACAUAUGUCAUGGUUUAUGGACCGAUAUAAACAAGAGUUGGGACCUUAUUCUCAAGUUAUUGAUGAAAAUGGAGAUGCUUUGGCAAAUUUCUUGAGGCUACUAAAAGCGGUGCAAUCAAGUGGUCACAAACUCUAUGUUUUUAUUGAUGAAUAUGACGCUAGUAUGAACGAAGCUCUCGGAAACGAAACUAUCCUUCAAGAUCUCACCAAUCAUCACAAUGAAAGUGUCUUCAUUAAAAGCAAAAUCAGAUUAAUUGAAAGUUCGAUCGGACAAUUCUACAGUCGUUUGAAGACUGCUUGUGAUAAAGGCAUUGCCCGUGUUUUUCAAACUGGCGUAACUCCUGUUGUUUUGACUGAAAUCACCUCGGGUUUUAAUAUUUCAGCAGAUCUUGCAUUAAAAGAAGAAUUUUGGGAUUUGUAUGGAUUCAAGAAAUCUGAUGUUGAACUUCUAUUGGAUAAUGCUUUUGGAAAUGGUUUUCCAUUUGAUGUUAAGGAGGAGAUAAUGAAAUGGUUAAAGGAGGAACUUGGCGGGUAUUUUUUUAACCCUGUUCAACCUGAAGGCAUUUUCAAUACUACUUGGACUUUGUACUGUAUUCAGAUGUUUAUUGGACGAAUGAAAUAUAUAGACUAUAGUGAUGACACUUCAAUUAUCAUGAAAAAGCUUAUUCAUUUUCCUUCCAAUCCGCACACACAGCCAUUGAACUUGAUCAUCAACAAUCCCCUUGGCAAAUCCAUUCUUACCGAAGCACUCAAUGGACGUCCUCUCGAAUCCGAAAAUGGUAUAAAACAAGGAUUUCGACUUACAAACAUUCGUGAACUUGCCACCGAUCGUACCUCGUUAUUAUCAUUCUUGUUUUAUACUGGUGAUCUCACAUAUCAACCAAACUUAUUACAACACAAUUUUCAAAUCCCAAAUCGUGUUUCUAGGAGAGAAUUUAUUGCAGAGGCACUUAAGAUUUAUGAUUGGAAAAAGGAGGAUUUAAUUCCUGUACGUGAGUGUUUGCAGAUUUUGGAGGGGGAAAACAACAUUGAACCACUCUGCCGAUUUGUAGAGCAAGCUUUACUCAAGCCAUUGAAGGACAAUAGUGUUAAACACUCAAAUGAAGAUGCUUUAAAGCAGGCGUUUUUGGAUACUUUAAUUCUCACUCUUCACGCAGACAUUGAACCAGAAUUUCGGGUGUAUUCUCAGAGUUCUAAUUUAAGUGGAAAAGCAAUUGAUCUAGUGAAGACAAGUACCAGAAGAAGGAUAGCAAUCGAAUUUGAUAACAUCGGGAUGAAAUACAUUAAAUUGGACGGAGCUCGAGGUAGCUGGCAGGAAGCAACCCAAGUGUCACGAUCAUUGGUGUCAAAAUCAGAGGAUGAAAUUUUAAGCCUUGAAAUUAGUGACCCAUACCGGCCAAAUCAAAAAACAGUUCAUGAAGCUUUGGAAUUGAAGAUUAAAGAGAAAAGCAACGAGUAUUUAGAGCAAUUAAAAAAACGAAAUGAUGCAGAGUUGAGAUUUAUUUCUAAUGAAUUGGAUAUACCUUCUACAGGAGAUAUUUCGCAGUCAUCUGCUUGUCCAGAAUUACCUGAACUAGAACAUUGCUCGACACGAUCUAAAUCUCCAACAGAGCCUGAAUUUCCUGCAACCUCUUUGCUACAAGACCGAUACAUUAUCGAUAACGAUUCAGUGAGAUUCUAG